GACACUCUCUCAGUAGUCCACUCUCAUUCUCCGAACCCUGUUUCCUCUGUCUCCAUCCUUUUCUCUUUCUCUGCACCCAAAGAAACAUCUGCAGAUCAGACCUCAGAGAAUCGAAAGUAGAGCUUCUGAGCCACCAUACUAUAUACUACUAUUAGGGAGAUAAAAAGAGAGACUUUGAAACCAACAUAAUUACGUUUCUAGUUUAGCUGUGUAGUGUGACCCUCAACAUUUUGUUCCCACUGAUUUCUUCCAUCUCUGUUUCCCACAAGACCGUAAAUGGAAGCUUCAUCGCCUCUCUCAAUCCCACAAACCCCACAGGAAAAUCCAGAUGCCUCUCCGAAACCCUUUAGGAAAAGCUUCGUCAGUUCGUUAAUUGAAGCCGCUACACUUCGCUCCCCUUCCUUCAAAGAAGAUACAUACUUCAUCUCUCACCUGAAAGCUUCCGAGAAGAAGGCUCUGCAAGAGCUCAAGGAUAAGCUCUCGGAUUCUCAUGGCUCUGAAUCCAUGUGGGGUAUUCCCCUUUUGGGUGGAGACGAAAAGGCUGAUGUGAUCCUGUUGAAGUUUCUCCGAGCGAGGGAUUUCAGGGUCUCAGACGCUCUAACCAUGUUGCAGAAAUGCUUGGCUUGGAGGAAAGAGUUCGGUGCUGACAACAUUGUUGAUGAGGAUUUGGGGUUUAAGGAUCUCGAAGGGGUGGUCGCUUACAUGCAUGCGUACGAUAGAGAGGGGCAUCCCGUCUGCUACAAUGCUUAUGGGGUUUUCAAAGAUAAGGACAUGUACGAAAAGAUUUUUGGGGACGAAGAGAAGCUGAAGAAAUUUCUGAGGUGGAGAGUUCAAGUUCUGGAGAGAGGCAUAAACCUUCUCCAUUUCAAGCCUGGUGGAAUUAAUUCCAUCAUUCAGGUGACUGACCUGAAAGACAUGCCCAAGAGAGAGCUCAGGGUCGCUUCCAACCAGAUUCUCUCUCUGUUUCAAGAUAAUUAUCCUGAAAUGGUUGCUCGGAAGGUAUUCAUCAACGUUCCGUGGUACUUCAGUAUGUUGUAUUCGAUGUUUAGUCCAUUCCUUACCCAACGGACCAAGAGCAAAUUCGUGAUCGCUAGAGAAGGAAAUGUUGCCGAGACUCUAUAUAAGUUUAUAAGGCCGGAGAACGUUCCCGUUCAGUACGGGGGGCUGAGUCGUCCCACAGAUUUGGAGAACGGACCGCCCAAGCCAGCGUCGGAAUUCACAGUCAAAGGAGGAGAGAAAGUGAACUUAGAGAUCGAGGGAAUUGAGGGUGGCGCAACCAUAACCUGGGAUAUAGUGGUGGGUGGUUGGGAUUUGGAUUACAGUGCAGAGUUCGUGCCGAGUACAGAAGGCAGCUACACGGUGGUUAUCGAGAAGCCAAGGCGAGUUGCCCCGUCGGAAGAACCGGUCCACGCCUCGUUCACUUCGAAGGAGCCGGGGAAAAUGGUGCUGUCCGUCGAUAACUCUAAAUCUCGGAGAAGGAAAGUCGCUGCUUACCGAUAUUUCGUGCGUAAACCCAUGGUUGUUUAGCUCUAACCUCUGUAAUUCGUGUCUUUUCGUUGAAGGAAGUUACAUAAAUAACCCCCCAUUAUGUGGUUUGUUUCUAAUUAAAUAUGGGCUGGGCUGGGGAGGAGCGAGGAGGAGAGGUAUGCAUGUAAUGUAUAAAAGGAUUAAAGGGUGAUGGUAUUAUCGUUAUUAGUAGUGAAAAUGCAGGUUACAUUGGUAACAUAAAAGUUGUUCUUUUCUUUUCCCAUUUUUCCCUUAAAACAGUUGUCUUCUUUUUUUUUUGGGGUUAUAUUAUUAAUAUGUUUGGUUGUGUUGUUUUAUUGCCAAUGGGUGAUGAGGAAAGAGAUCUUCUUUC